CUCUCCUAUUCAAACUUUCUGUUCCAAUCACCAUUGAAAAGCAUACGUACAAACCUUUCCCCCAUUUUUCUCUCUCUCUCUCUCUCUCUCCAUAUUAUUUGUUAUUACUGCAACAAAGAACUGUAAAUCUUCUCUUUCCUUUUAUUUCCACAGAUUUUUAUUGGUUUCUCGAAUUUGAUGAUCCCUUUUUGCUUACAGGAUCCACCGCCAUGGCUACAUAAUCACUGACCCAUUUCACAAAAUAAUUCCUUCUUCUUCCCUCCAUCUCCUUUCUUCCCAUGGCGUAUCACAAUCACCUCUCUCAAGACCUUCCUCUUCACUUCUCUGACCACCACCACCAAAAUCAACCUCUCUCUGAUUCUUCUUCUCUCCGUAACAUUCUGCCGGACCAACUUCCCGCCGGCCACACCUCGCCGGACCCCAAGUCUCAACAACCCCAUCAUCACCACCAUCAUCAACACCCUCUUCAGACCGCCCCCAAUUGGCUCAACAACGCACUCCUUCGUAACCAAAACCCCCAUUCUCACUUCUCUACCGACACCGCCACCACCGCCGCUGCUGCUAAUACUAAUUUCCUCAACCUUCAUACAACUGCAUCUGAUUCUACCGUUUCUCACUCCUCUAACCAAUGGCUUUCCCGUCCGAUUCUUCACCGUAACCAUAGCGAUGUUAUAGAUGAUGUCGCCGCCGCCGCUGCCGGUGAUGCUAUGAUCGGUGCUGCCACUGCUGCGCUGUCUCAUGAUUCUGGUGACUUGAAGAACGAUGCUAAUAGUGGUGAUGGAUUGAAUAAAAGUGAAGGUAUGGUGAUGGAACCUGGUGCGGGUGGAGAAGGGGUUUUGAAUUGGCAACAUGCUCGUUAUAAAGCUGAGAUUCUUGCUCAUCCUCUUUAUGAGCAGCUUCUCUCCGCUCAUGUUGCUUGUCUUCGUAUCGCGACCCCGGUCGAUCAAUUACCGAGGAUCGACGCUCAGCUCGCUCAGUCUCAGAAUGUCGUCGCCAAGUACUCCGCCUUGGGCCACUCGGCUCCACCAUCCAUGGUUGGUGAUGAUAAAGAGCUCGAUCAAUUCAUGACACAUUACGUUCUUUUGCUUUGUUCAUUCAAAGAACAACUCCAACAACAUGUUCGAGUUCAUGCUAUGGAAGCAGUAAUGGCUUGCUGGGACAUUGAGCAGUCCUUACAAAGUUUAACAGGAGUUUCACCUGGCGAAGGUACAGGAGCAACAAUGUCCGACGACGACGAGGACCAAGUUGACAGUGAUGCAAAUCUGUUUGAUGGAAGUUUAGAGGGUCCAGACACCAUGGGAUUUGGCCCUCUUAUUCCCACAGAGAGUGAGAGGUCCUUAAUGGAGAGGGUCAGGCAAGAACUGAAGCACGAAUUAAAAGCGGGUUACAAGGAGAAAAUUGUUGAUAUAAGGGAAGAAAUUCUGAGAAAGAGGAGAGCUGGAAAACUCCCUGGUGACACCACCUCUGUCCUCAAACAAUGGUGGCAAUCACAUUCAAAGUGGCCUUAUCCUACAGAAGAAGACAAGGCAAGAUUAGUGCAAGAAACUGGUCUACAACUGAAACAGAUAAACAAUUGGUUCAUCAACCAAAGGAAGAGAAACUGGCACAGCAAUCCUUCAAGUUCUACAAACUUGAAAAGCAAACGCAAAAGGUACAAUAUAAAUUCCUUAAAAUUUUUUUUGAGUAUAUGUCUAUUUCUUUUCUUUACGAUUUUUAACUUAAACGAACUUGCACCAACCUUAAUUUGAAAGAAGUAAUGCAGGUGAAAACAGCAGCGACCGUUUCAAAUGACUUGUAAUUUCAACUUCAACAGCCAACAAAAUCCUGUUUUUCAACACUUUUUUGCUGCAGCAAUUAUAAACCCAACCCCCCCAUACUAAUUAUUUUACAAAGCAUUGGAGGUAAUUCAUUUUUAAGCUUGCAAAACAAACAUAGUUAUCGCUUUGACCGAAGAAGUUAAGGAUGAAAGAAAGAUGGGACGAUCGAUCGAGGACGGAGACGGAGACGAAGAAAUAUAUGCAUGCUAUAUGUCGUGAGGCGCAAGCGCGUAAAGAUAUCGAAAAGCUGCUGCUCAACUAAAAGAAUAUGAAGCAUGUGAAGGGUUUUUUGUUUUUCUUCUAUGAUAUAUGGUUAGAAGAAGUUUAUAUUUAGGAGUAUUUUAGUGGAAAUGAAUUGGAUACUCCACAUGGAAUGGAGUUAUGAUUUUUGUUUUAGCUUCUUCAUGUAUGUGAAUAAUUAAGAAAAGGUCAUGGGUUAUAUGGGUGUACAGUUUUAAUAAUCUGUGCAUUGUUUCCUCACAGUAUAAUACAUGUCAUUAAUAUA